UGUUUCAGAGAAGCAUUGAAUGACACACAGCGUUAUACAAAAGAGUUUGCGGGUUAUACAGAAAUUACAAUGAAUCGAAAUUUUCAACAGCGUUUUGACACUAAUGGGGAUGUUGCAGAGAUAAGGGACAGGGUGCCUCCACCAAGGCAAAUGAAUUUUCAAGAGGUUCUGGAGCACCUUGAUCAAACCCUCACAGAUAUAUUUGAUACCAGAGCAAGAAUGAGGUUCUUGCAACCUCUGGGGCAGCAAAGCCCUGGCGCUGAGCCACCGCCGGCUGACACUCAGGCCCUCUUACCCCCGUCCGCUGAGACUCAGGCCCUUACAAUGAAUCGAAAUUUUCAACAGCGUUUUGACACUAAUGGGGAUGUUGCAGAGAUAAGGGACAGGGUGCCUCCACCAAGGCAAAUGAAUUUUCAAGAGGUUCUGGAGCACCUUGAUCAAACCCUGACAGAUAUAUUUGAUACCAGAGCAAGAAUGAGGUUCUUGCAACCUCUGGGGCACCAAAGCCCUGGUGCUGAGCCACCGCCCGCUGAGACUCAGGCCCUUACAAUAAAUCAAAAUUUUCAACAGAGUUUUGACACUAAUGGGGAUGUUGCAGAGAUAAGGGACAGGGUGCCUCCACCAAGGCAAAUGAAUUUUCAAGUGGUUCUGGAGCACCUUGAUCAAACCCUGACAGAUAUAUUUGAUACCAGAGCAAGAAUGAGGUUCUUGCAACCUCUGGGGCACCAAAGCCCUGGUGCUGAGCCACCGCCGGCUGAGACUCAGGCCUUCUUACCCCCGCCCACUGAGACUCAGGCCGUCUCACCCCGCCCACUGAGACUCAGGCCGUCUUACUACGACCUGCUGAGACUCAGGCCGUUUUACCCCCACCUGCUGAGACUCAGGCCUUCUUAUCCCUACCUGCUGAGACGCAGGUCGUUUUACCCCCGCCCGCUGAGACUCAGGCCCUUACAAUGAAUCGAAAUUUUCAACAGAGUUUUGACACUGCGUGGGUUCUCUCCGGGUGCUCCGGCUUCUUCCCACACACAAAAGACAUGCAGCUUAGGUUGAUUGGUGACUCCAAAUUGCCCGUACACUGAACCUCUAACAGAUACCAACCUGAAAAAGACCUUGAAGGGCUCAGACAUAUACAGUAUCAACACCGGUGUUGAGAGAAUGCAGCUUUAUGCAGUAGACGACCACAGCACCACAUCUUUAAUAACAGUAUACAAUAAAGACACAUUAUGAAUUGAAUCUUGAUACCGGUUUUGUGAGCUGUUAAUGUUUGUUACAUUUCUUUCAUUUGUACUAAAAAUAUUAGAAGUCCCCAGUGUUAGUCUACAGCUGGUCCUUUAAGUUUCAUAGACAUUAAUUCCAACUCCACUGUUUACUAAAAUUCCACAUAUUUAGAUCACAAAAAGCAAAACUAAAAACCUACUUAGACUAAAAAAUGGUUUUAUGAACUGCAUUAUCUGUUUACAAAUCCCACGAUGGCUCUGUUCUCAACAUUCAUGAUUUUGAUGUAGGGUAAUAUGUACAGAAAACGAGCUGAUUAUUAAAUGGUCAUCCA